UUGGGUGGAGAAUGGGGUGAAAGGGGUAAAGUAUAGAGAAGCCCCUCUAGUAAGAUAGAAGAGAAGCCAGAGAAAACAUUUGAGAAAGAGUUAGUGGACACUGAAUGCUUGAAAAAAGUGGUUCAUUCAGAAUAUACACAUGAUCAAAUAUAUAAGACACAGUUUAAGAUGCGUGGACUUAUACGUGGAACUUUAUACUGUGCACUAUGGUAUGGCAGUGUAGUAGCUGGUUUUUUAUUUAUUGCUUGCCCUAUGUUACCACUGUUAUUCUUUAGUCCUCCGAAAUUUCGGAAAUGCGGUGAUCGUUUGUUUUCCUGUUGGGAACUUUAUUCUACAGCUCUUUUAAAAGUAUUCGGUGUAAAAAUUUUGGUGUCAGGAGAUCACAUAUCCCCAAAUGAAUCAGCUAUACUUGUUAUGAACCACAGAACACGAGUAGAUUGGAAUUUUUUAUGGGCUGCAAUGUAUCAGGCUUGUUUGCCUAGUAUAGCAACCCAUAGAUUGAAAUUUGUUUUAAAGGAUCCUAUACGACAUAUUCCAGGCCCAGGAUGGAUAAUGCAGAUGAAUGGUUUCCUUUAUAUAACUCGUCAUUGGGAAGAAGAUCAAAGUCGACUAUCACGUACCUUGGAUUACUUAGUGGCCCUAGAUAGACGUUCUCAAUUACUUAUAUUUCCAGAGGGAACUGAUUUGACUAAAACUAGCAAAGAAAAAUCAGACAGAUACGCUUUGCAGCAUGACCUACCAAAAUAUUCUUUUACGCUUCAUCCGAAAACGACAGGAUUUAGUUAUCUAGUACAGCACCUUCAGCAAGCAGACUACCUUGACGCUAUAUAUGAUUUAACUAUCGCAUAUCCAGAUUAUAUUCCGCAAUCCGAAUUAGAUUUACUCAGAGGUAAACUGCCGAGUGAGGUACAUUUUAAUAUUAAACGAAUACCGUCAUCAGAUAUGCCAACACAAGAGUUGACACUAAGACAAUGGUUAGAAGAAAGGUGGUCCAAUAAGGAGGAAGUCUUGAAACAAUUUUAUGAAGAAAAGACUUUCCCUUCUGAUAUUUGGCCAUUAACAAGACUGUUUCCUUUACAAGUUGCAUUUGGUUUCUGGAGUAUUUUAACAGGUGCUGCAGUGAUUUUACUUAUUAUUUCACCAUUGUUUCAAUUAUGGGCAUUGAUUCAUUCAACUUUCUUUGUUGCUCUAUCAUUCUUCACUACAGGCUUUAGCCAACUUGAAAUUGGAUGGUACUGGCGUUGGAAAACGCAUUUAUUAACAAAAAUGUGUAGUUAUUAAAAUUUAAAGAGCGAUAUUUAAUGUGAGUACACUUCGUUAUUAAAUUAAAGUGUUCAUUUUUUUUCGUGACAUUGCAGUAAUUGCUAUAUUAUAUGGUAUAUGUAGAAACACGUAUUUGAUAAAACCUAAUCUAAGUGGAUUAAUAUAAAAACAGAUUGCUUUUUAAUAUUGACUGAAAUACUUACAUUCUGUGAAACAAUAAUUAUACUAUUCUCAAAUUAUAAAACGAAGGUAUUAAUAUAACGUACAAACUGAAAAAUGAUGCAACUGGUAAAGUUACAAUAAAUUUAUUGAAAUGUUAUAAUCGAACUUAGCCCUCUGUAGAUUAUUUGAUUAAAAAAUAAGUAGUAUAUGUAUUAUACAUUUUGAAAUUCUAGACGGACAAAAAGUUAUUAAAAUAAUUUUGUGAUUUCCUACUUUGUGAUAUUUCUUGACAAUAUCGAUCAAUUACAUCUUUUUUUUUUGAGAAUACAGUUUUUUAAUUUAUGUAUUAGUACAAUACAAUAUUGUGAACUAUAGAGGGUUGAAAUCAGUUGACAAAUUUUUUAAACAAAGAUAUUUUAUUAACACACAUACAAUGGAAUAACGUAUGUAUUCAGUAUUAAUAUAUAUGUGAUGCAGUUUCAAAUUACAGAAACAUUUUUUCAGAAUCACUGUCAAAGUUUUCUGUAACUUGAAAAUACCUGAUGUUUAUGCAUGGAAUUAUGUGUAAAAAAUAAUUAGUACAUAAAUAGUAGAUAUAAAUAGUCGAGAUUCUAGAUAUCGUGAUUGAUUCAAAAACGUUGAUUUAAUACUAACAACAAUCAGUUUUGAAUUAAAUAUAUUUUUACAGUCAUUUUUAAACUUUAUAAAUAUAACUGUACCAAAAUAUUGAAUGGCUUUUUGUUGAAACUUUUAUGAAGUGAAGUGGACUCCAAUAAAUUUUUGAGGAGACAGAUUUUCUUUGCUGUUAGUAAUCUGUAUAGUAGCUUUUAAAUGAAGUUAGUUUUUGACAUCUACAAUUUUAUGAAAAUCUUUGAUAUAUCUCUAUAAUAAUUUCAACAUUAUAGAUGAAUAUUCUUUUGAAUAUUCCUUCUGAAUUAAAAAAAAAAAGAAUAUUAAAAUCAAUCUAGCUAACAAUGAAUACAGUGCCUCAUUAUCUCAUAUUCCAGAGCACAAAUGUAAAUAUGUGUCUUAAAAAAAUUACUAAUGGGAAAAAUUUCUAAAUAUUAAAAAGUUUUAAAAUUCGAGGUAUGAGAUAGUUAUGCACUUUCUUAAAUAAUUAUUCUUCAAAUGCAUUUUAAUAAUAUAUGGUUUUUAGUUUAUUUGCUAAAUGAAACAACAUAAUAA